CUGCCUUGGUUUGCCCCUCUUUGCUAGCCCCCUCUUAUAUUAGUCCGGUAACUCUGGCUUUCGGUCUAGGUAUAUUUUGGGUGGGAGCCUUUCGGGGAGUUUGCUGUCCUGCGCACGGGCGAGAUUUAAACACCGCCUCUCUCUCUCUCGCCAGGAGCAGCUCUCAGAGAUCACCACCACAAUCGCAAUUUCAGUCUGUUGGGAUCAAUUUCAUCACCAUGUCUUCUCAGCAGAUUUAUCUCCUGCCGUUGAAGGACGAUGGCUCCCCCGAUGUCCCGGGGGGUUACAUCUACCUCCCUCCCCCGACAACCCCGCCGUACACGCUGCGGUUCGUGAUCGAGGGAAGCAGCUCCAUCUGCAGAGACGGGGCGCUGUGGGUUAAUCUCCCAGAGGAGGGCGAAGAGUUCGAUCGGACGGCGUUUCGAAGAUUCCCAUUACAGCCCGACUUCAACAAGAAUAUCCAGAUCGACGUCCCCAUCACCCGACCCGGGUGCUUCGCAUUCUACACUACAUAUGCGCCGCUGCCGGCGUUCUCGCUCUCCUCCGUUGCAGCGGAAGAGCCGAAGCGGACGCCCGUGCACUACAUCGAUGUGUCGCCGCGGCUGACAGUCCGCGGUCGCGAUCUGCCUCUCAACGCGCUGUCAAUCUUCUCAGUGAUAUCGAAAUUCAUGGGGCGGUAUCCGACAGACUGGGACAAGCAUCUGCGGGGGAUCAGCCAGCGCAAUUACAACAUGGUGCAUUUCACGCCGCUGAUGCAGCGCGGGGCGUCGAACUCCCCCUAUAGUAUAUUUGAUCAGCUCCGAUUCGACGAGGACUGCUUUCCUAACGGUGAAGAAGACGUGGCUAAGUUGGUGGCGACUAUGGAGAAUGAGUACGGGCUGCUGUCGUUAACGGAUGUGGUUUGGAACCACACCGCGCAUAAUAGUCAAUGGCUGGAGGAACACCCUGAGGCCGGGUAUAGCGUUGAGACGGCGCCAUGGCUGGAGGCAGCUCUGGAUCUUGAUACGGCUCUGUUGCGGUUUGGGAAGGAUCUCCAGGCGCAGGGUCUCCCGACGGAGUUUAAGUCUGUGGAUGACUUGGUCGUUGUGAUGAAUGCCGCUAAGGAUCAGGUUAUUAAGAAGUUGCAGCUGUGGCAGUUUUAUGUCAUUGAUGUUCGGGCUGAUCUUGUGAAAGCAGUGGAUAGCUGGAGGGAGGCCGGGAAGGUUGACUUGAACACCGGCCGGUGGGCGCGCUUGGGUCUCGAUGGCUUCAAGAGCUGGCCCUUGGCGCAACAGGCGAGGUUGAUUCGGGAGCAUGGGAUUCCGACUGCGAAGAGGAUAUUGGGGCGGUUCGAGCGCUCGCUCGAUAAGGAGUUUGGCGCUGCCAUUUUGACGGCCAUGUUCGGUCCGUUCCGCCGUGCGAGUUCGGAUUACUCGUUGGCGGAGAACGCGCUGUCGAAGAUCCUGGACGAAGUCAACCUGCCAUUCUAUAAGGAGUACGAUGAGGAUGUGGCGGAGAUCAUGGAUCAACUGUUCAACCGCAUCAAGUACCUCCGGAUCGACGACCACGGGCCGAAGCUGGGCCCUGUCACUGACAAGAACCCUCUGAUUGAGGCGUAUUUCACAAGACUCCCGGUCAACGCAGUCACCAAGAAGCACAACGAAAAGGCGCUGGCACUCGCGAACAAUGGAUGGAUCUGGAACGCCGACGCGAUGCGCGACAACGCCGGCCCCGAUUCGAGGGCGUAUCUACGCCGGGAGGUCAUCGUCUGGGGCGACUGCGUCAAGCUGAGAUACGGGUCCAGCCGCGACGACAACCCCUUCCUGUGGGACUACAUGGCAGAGUACACCCGGCUCAUGGCCAAGUACUUCUCCGGUUUCCGGAUCGACAAUUGCCAUUCAACGCCCCUGGUGGUAGCCGAGUACCUGCUAGACGAGGCACGCAAAGUGCGGCCCAACCUGACCGUCUUCGCUGAGCUGUUUACCGGCUCCGAAGAAGCCGACUACGUUUUCGUCAAACGCCUCGGCAUCAACGCGCUCAUCAGAGAGGCUAUGCAAGCCUGGAGCACAGCGGAGCUGAGCCGACUCGUCCAUCGCCACGGCGGCCACCCCAUCGGGAGCUUCGACCUCGACCUGCCCUCCGCAGGCAGCAGCCACGCGAUUGCGUCGUUCGGCGAAAAAGACAGCCAGCGGACUAUCCGCCAUAUCCGCCCCAGCCCCGUCCAGGCGCUCUUCAUGGACUGCACGCACGACAACGAGGUUCCAGCACAGAAGCGCACCGCGAUAGACACGCUUCCGAACGCGGCGCUCGUCGCUAUGUGUGCUUCGGCGGUUGGGAGCGUCAUGGGCUACGACGAGAUUUAUCCGCAGCUGGUGGACCUCGUGCAUGAGAAGAGGCUGUAUUUCUCGCAGUUUUCGGAGGAUAAGGAUGUUGAUUCGUCGUCGUUGGAUGGGGGGAUUGGGGGUGUUAAGAAGCUUUUGAAUCACUUGCAUACUACGAUGGGUGUGCAGGGCUAUGACGAGACGCAUAUCCAUCACGAUGGGGAGUACAUCACUGUGCACAGGGUCGAUCCGAAGACGAGGAAGGGUGUCUUUUUAAUAGCGCAUACGGCGUUCCCUGGUCAUGCUAGCAAGUAUCAGUUGCCGCCGACUCAUCUCAUUGGAACGCGGGUCAAGAGCCUGGGAGCGUGGCAGCUGGAGGUCGAUACCCGGGAAGAGGUGAAGCAAGAAGUCAUGGCUGACAAGUCGUAUCUACGGGGCUUACCGAGCCGAGUGCGUGAAUUCGAAGGCACGAAGGUUGAGUUCAACGGCAGCGAUAGCACCGUCUCUACGUUGGAAAACUUCACGGCUGGGUCCAUCGCGCUGUUCGAAACUUCCAUUCCUGCUGCGGAACACGCCGUGGGACUCGAUAAUUACAUCACCAAGGAUGCGGACGAAGCGUUCUCCAAGCUCAGUCUGAUUGAUCUGAACUUCGCCCUCUACCGCUGCGAAGCAGAGCAAAGAGACUCCAGCAACGGGCAAGACGCGACCUACUCCAUCCCCAACCACGGCUCUUUAGUCUACGCUGGCUUGCAAGGAUGGUGGAGCGCCCUCGAAGACAUUGUCAAGUACAACCAACUCGGGCACCCAAUCUGCGAUAACCUCCGCGAGGGCCAAUGGGCACUGGACUACAUCGUCGGACGCCUGGAAAAAGCCGCACAGCAAGAAGGAUACUCAAACCUCCUCGCCCCAGCGACGUGGUUCCGCGAGCGAUUCCAGCCGGUCCGCGAGUUACCCAGCUUCCUCCUGCCACGAUACUUCGCCCUCAUCGUCCAGGCUGGCUACAACGCCGCGUGGAAAAGAGGCAUCCAACUGCUUGGAAGCAACAUCCAGGAAGGACAGGAGUUCAUCCACCAGCUGGGGAUGGUCAGCGUGCAGCAGACGGGCUACGUGAAGUCGGCGUCGCUGUGGCCCAAUAAACUGGUGCCCAGUCUUGCUGCUGGGCUGCCGCAUUUCGCCACCGACUGGGCGCGAUGCUGGGGUCGGGACGUUUUCAUCUCGCUUCGAGGCUUGCUUCUGUGUACUGGGCGGUUCGAUGUCGCGAAGGAGCAUAUUCUUGCGUUUGCGAGCGUUCUCAAGCAUGGGAUGAUUCCUAAUUUACUGAGUAGUGGGAAGCUGCCGCGUUAUAAUUCGCGAGACUCGGUGUGGUUCCUUCUGCAGAGUAUUCAGGAUUAUACGCAGAUCGCGCCCAAUGGGAUGGAGAUCCUGAAGGAGAAGGUUCCUCGCCGGUUCCUCCCCUACGAUGAUACAUGGUUUCCGUUCGAUGAUUCCCGAGCUUACUCGCAACACUCGACGAUCGCCGAUAUAAUCCAAGAGGUCUUCCAGCGACAUGCCAAAGGUCUUUCAUUCCGGGAAUACAAUGCCGGACCAGAUCUGGACGUGCAGAUGAAGCCCGACGGGUUCCAGAUCGACGUGCGGGUCGACUGGGAGACGGGGCUGAUAUUCGGCGGAAGCCAGUCCAACUGCGGCACCUGGCAGGAUAAAAUGGGCGAGAGUGAAAAGGCAGGAAACAAGGGCGUUCCCGGGACACCACGCGAUGGCGCGGCCAUCGAGAUCACCGGGCUUGUCUACAGCGCUUUAACCUGGGCUGCAGGGUUGAAAGAACGCGGACUCUAUCCCUACGAGAAAGUCGACCUCGACGACGGCUCAUCCGUUACUCUCCGCGACUGGGCAUCCAAGAUCAAUACCAGCUUCGAACGCUGCUACUACGUCCCGCUGAACCCCAAAGAGGACCAGCAGUACGACAUCGACCCGAGCAUCAUCAACCGCCGCGGGAUCUACAAAGACCUGUACAAGUCCGGCAAGCCCUACGAAGACUACCAGCUGCGGUCGAACUUCCCCAUCGCAAUGACAGUAGCGCCCGACCUCUUCACCCCAUCCAAAGCGCUCAACGCCAUCGCGCUAGCAGACAAAGUCCUCUGCGGACCCAUGGGCAUGGCCACCCUCGACCCAUCCGAUCUCAACUACCGCCCCAACUACAACAACUCCGAGGACUCGACCGACUUCGCGACCUCCAAGGGCAGAAACUACCACCAGGGCCCGGAGUGGGUCUGGCAGCGGGGGUACUUCCUGCGCGCGUUCUUGCACUUUGAUCUCUUGCGGCGGAAGACGGCGGAGGAGCGCAUUGAGUCAUUCCAGCAGGUCACGAGGCGGUUGGAGGGGUGUAAGCGUGCUCUUCGGGAGAGUCCGUGGAAGGGGCUUACGGAGUUGACUAAUCGCGAUGGAGCGUAUUGUGCGGAUUCGUCUCCGACGCAAGCGUGGUCUGCAGGGUGCUUGCUGGAUCUGUAUUAUGAUGCAUCGAGAAUCGCGCAACAUGCGUAGACGGGAUAGCUUAUUUCAGCUCGCGACUGGCAUGGGGUAAUCAUGGUGUGUGGACUGAUUGACUGUGGGCACAAAAGACGAUAUAAUAUCUGCAAAUACUAUUUAUCUACUGUGC